GGCAAAUUGGCUUCACAAAAACGGAGAAAAUUGUUAGUUGUCAUCAUGCAUGACAGCGAAGCCGAGGCAUCCUAUCCUAUCCUAUCCUAUCCUAUCCUAUCGAUCCUAUCCUGUUGGCUUCGGCCCUCGUGAUGUUGAAGACUUCUAUUCGUACAGAGAAUCAAUCCGCUCACACUGCCUCACACAUCACAAAGAACCAUUAUAUUGAUUCAUGCUCACACAUCACAAAGAACCAUUAUAUUGAUUCAUUGAUUCAUUGAUUGAUGUGCCUGGCAAGAGGUCGAAGGUCUAACUGUUUGCAUUCAGAUCGAAGAUACCCAAAAAAAUGGUUCUCCUGCUUUCCUCCGGACAUGGUGGAUCUAGAUCUGCCCACAAGAAGUCCGAGAAGUGGAUUAUGACCUACGGCAAUCGAUCGUCCAAUUUAAGGCUUUCCCUAAUCCAUUUCCAGAAGCAUCUCUCUCUACUUCUCACUCAGUAGACUAGAGCGCUCCCGUAGGUAUUUAAGGGAAAAACAAGAAAUCCGAGAUGAGUCCCAGAAUGGAUUGGGGUGGACUCUAACCAGCGUAAUGCCAGAGCAAACAGCACCAAAGAAUACCCCAGCCCAAGAGCAUUCGCGUUGGUCAUCACUAGUACAGAAAGAAGUGCGAGACUAUGCUGAGUCCGGUGCAUCCUUGAGGAGGGUUUUGACUAACUCAACAGCGUCUUCAUCUACAUCAACAAGAGGACAAGAUAUAACAUCUCCUAGAAGUUCCAAAGCAGCGUCAGUUCGACCGAUUCAAAUCAAAAUCGCUAGCAAACAUGUAGUUCUCGGGACGAUUGGAACGGAACCAGAUGUUGAGGGAGGCUCCUUUCAAGAGCAGCUGCUUUCAUCAGCGAGAACAACCCCAGUGGUGCAGCCGAAGAGAAGUACAUUACGGCUAAGUACCCAGAAGUUAGUACGACCCAUCCAAUAUCACUACAUUUCAGAGUUUGUUUCAUUCCUUCAUCCAUCAUUUCGUGGCAUCCCUUUGUCUUCGAGCCUGUCUGUUGCUUGCUAAACGUAACGUGCCCCAUUCCCUCAACCUCCUAGUUUCUUGAUCAUUUUAAAAUCGGCGGGUUCGUAGAGAAUAGAAUGAUAGAGGAGCACUAAGCUCCGCCUGCCGCCGGUUUGCGAACUGGAUAAAGCUGAGGCCGCUCUUUCAGUAGCCCCAGCAAAAAGUUUUUUUCUGAAAUCUCCAAAUCCAAGUACCCAGAAGUUAGUACCCAUCCAAUAUCACUACAUUUCAGGGUUUUUAUGUGAAGACUCCCAUGAUCAAGAUGUACAACAUCACGACUGCCCUUCAAUAAGCAAUUCUGAAGUCUGAACCCCACUUGAAUGAAAUGGAACAAUCUACUCAUCUCUAACCACCACCAAAAGCAAUAUUACGAGGACAGCACGACUCGGUGAACUGUUGAAAAAUAAUACUGUUGGAGCUUACGAUGCGCGCGACGCGUUGAAUCCACCGAUGAGAGGAGUGUCGAAAUGGGAAUGGCGGGAUGGUCAGAGGUUUUUUACGGGUGGACAGUACUAGUGAUGGUCAGAGGACCUCUGACCAAGUGGUGGACAAUACUAGUUGUUUCUGUUGUAGACCCAAUUCAACACCCAGGUGUUUCUUCAACAACUGUAGGCGUUGUAGACCCAAAGGACAACUACGCUAUUCGUAAAAGACAACCGCUAGAAGAGGGCGAGGAAAUGCUUUGCUUGGAUGGGUAAGGGAAAGCCAAGUUGUUUUUUUUCAUUUGCGAUAGUUACAACAUUGAUGAAGAGAGGAUUGAUAAGAAGAAAGUAAAGUUACUGAGAUAGUUUGGUGUUAUUCCUCAUCUUGUAGUUGGGUGAACAGUACAAUGCGCAACUACACUUUUCCUCCCAUCCAUCCUUGGAUCUGGCUAGUAGUUUUUGCACAGAAUAUUGAAACGAAGAUAUCAACGUAUUCUACUUCAACACACGCAGUUCUUGAGUUCUUGGCCUUGAUCAAAGAGAUUUUGGUUAUCAGAAAAAGUCGUGCAGGUGCACAAGCACAUGCUGAGAGAAGUAGUUGUACCGAGAAUGGGGCAUUGUAGACUGAGACUCACUUGUGUUCAAACUGGAUACUCCAGAUACUUUUCGUUUUCGGAGAUGAAGAAUUGAGUACACGUCGGUACUGCUAAAUCGGUCUGAAAAAUUAUUGAGAAGGAGUAUCGCAAUCGCUUCAAACUCGUUAGUCGCAGACAACAUCACCAGUCGUUAUCGUCGGUUAUCAAAAUCGUAGUUGUUUCGAGGAAUACUCAAAGUAAGCCAGGAAGUAACACAAUAAGCGAGUAUCUGAGAUGUUUCUUCCCUAACAUACUCGGUUAUUUCAGUUUAAUUUCGAUGACACAAAACAACAUCAAAGGGAAUAGAGAACUUCCACACACAAAACCAAUAUAGCUUGAAAAGGGUGGGACGCGACUACUUGUAGUUGUCUUUUUCUCGAAUUCAAGUUAGCUUUACUGAAGGAUUUCAUUUUCAACAGCUAGUACACAACAAGAAGAACAAGCAACAUCUCGAAACUUGCGUACAGUUUGUAGUUGUUGUUCAUCUCAAACUUCUAACCAAAUCCCAAACUCAACAAGUCUCAAUCUCAACAAGAACAAGUCUGUCUACUCAAAGAACAAGGAAGAUACUUAGAUCUAAAUCAGACAAGUCUCAAGAAGGAGGGAGAAAUCAGACAGGAUGCGCAAACCCUUCAUCCUAGAGCGGGGGUCUCCAAGACGCCUCAUCGCGUUUGGAAUCGCGACAGCAGCCGUUUUAGUCAGUGCAGACUUCUUCGAUGAAAAUGGGCGAGCUGUUACUUUAUGACAUGGUUGUGUAAGAGACUAAGUCUCCAAAGAUCCCUAACCUAACCAAAAUAUGAUGUUGAUGUGUAUGAUCAUGUUCUCUUGCUUUAUUGCUAGUGUGGUAGUUCUUUCCAAAAUAUGAUGUUGAUGUGUAUGAUCAUGUCCAGCGACGCUCAAAGCACUAAACAAGUAAAGCAACCAGCUAGUUUUCACCUCUAUCCCUAGGCUUAUCCCUUCAAACAAGUUAGUGCGUAUGGUCAUACCUCGCUUUGUUAGAAAUCUGUUGUCGAUUCUGAUUUUCCCUAACCUUUGGACCGGUCGUUCUCUUCUAAUAACAUUUGGAGCGGUCCCGUCGUUUUUGAAAGAAAGUGAGGCUGCCGCUGGCGAAGAUCGUUGUACCGAAGGAAGCGACUGCAAUCAGCAGCAACAACUCUUACGGCUACUAGUACUUUAAUUGUAAUAUUAUAGCAUAGGCAUCCACAUCCUUGUACUACAUGAUUUUGAUAAAAACAUCCUCCUAGUAAUCAACGCUAUUCUCCAUUUGAGUACUCAACACACGAUGCCUCAUCUACUCUUGAAAUGACUGAGUAUUUUCUCUAAAAUUCGGUGGAGGAGUUGCUCCAUCGUCAUCUGGAGGUUUUCCUAUGGUUGCUUCUAGCAUGUCGUGGCUGCAGGAGAAGGAGAAAAUGGAUACGAUUCCUCUCGCCAACGACCGGGUCCCAGGCGCACGUGGCGAGAGUCACACGAUACCCCUAAAGAAGGAUGCCAAUGGCCGCGCAAGCCCAUGGGAUUGGCAGUUGAUCGAAGAGAAAAUGUUUUUAUGACCUCUUGCUUCUCAAACCAUGCAUUUUAUUUAGUAGCCAAUGAAUCAUGUCGAUCUCAAACCAUGCAUUUUAUUUAGUAGCCAAUGAAUCAUGUCGAUCUCGAUGUCAGUCUUUGUAGAGUUGUAGUACUUGUUCUAUAUCAAUGUCUCAUGGUCAUGUCGAUGUCAGUCAUUCUUUGUAGAGUUGUAGUACUUGUUCUAUAUCAAUGUCAACAGUCUCUUUAUUGGGCAGACCAGAAUCUAACCUAAGUGUUCUCUUUGUCUAAGGUCUAGUACCAGAUUAUGACGUCGUUGUACAGAUUUUAGUUCCUGUGUAGUCGAUUUCUUGAACCAUCUAGUCUACUUGUUUGAGUUGUAGUACUUCUAGUAUAUCAACAAUUUCGCUCGAGUAUGGUCUGAAGUACCCUAACAAGGCCUUUUUUUAGGUCUCUGGGAUUUGGUUGUACAACUAGGUAUACCUUAAUAUUAUGGUCCUUGGGUUGUACUAAUGGUAUAUCAAUAAUUUUUUGUCUAUGGUUUCUCUUCAAUGGUCUGAAGUACUGCUCAACACAGCGCUUCUAAUCACGGUUCGCGAUUACUAUUUCGUGAAAGUACCUGGAGCCGAAUUCGCUGCGCCAAAGGAAGAAGGUUAAGGCUUUCAUCUUAUUUCUGUAGCUCUCAUUUUUAUAGAACAAGUAAAAUCGUUAUCGUGGCUACCUUUGGUUAUACUUGAUAGUCCAUUGAUCGGUCUUCUUGAUCUUGCUCUUCUUUAAAUUGAAGGUGCUGGAAGGCUGAAUGACCUUAUAAUUGCCACUAGUUAGAAAUAGGAUGGCCCACGAGGUAUCACGACAGCACAAAAACACAGGCUUACCCUGUGGAGUGUGAGUCAACUCCUAUCCUACCCUAUCUUCCGUUAUACGGUAGAUCCGGGCCUUAUGUAGCUGGUAAAAAUAGAUAACUUAUCAUAAGUAGGUACUACUUUUUCACCACUGGUUUUCCCUUUUCAUUUUCUUCUUCUUUUCUAGUCGGGGCUCCACUGGAAGUGGAACUCGGCAAUACGUAUCAAUAGAUCAUGAUCGUAUUUUGUCUAGUCCGUCGAAUGUUUCUGAACCUUGGGUGCAUUCUCGUCUCUAAUUAUAUUCAGAACCACCUGGUGAAGAGAAAGAGAAAGAGGAAUGUUGCUGCGACAGUUACGGCAUCAUCUACUCAAUGGAGUACAUCUUCAUAAUGAAGUAGAGAAUGGCCAGCACUAAAGAAGUGGAAAUGAAAGAGAAGAUAGCAGAAGUAUUUUUUGAUUUCAUCAAAGAAGUAGUAGUAGAAUUAUACUUGACUAGUACUAUGUUGAGAUUCUAGAGCAGACUAUCAUCUGCCGCUUGCCUUGAGAUCGGAGAUGAUAGGACUGUGGACGGCGCAUUGAUUCCUAUCCGAUCCUAACCAUGACUUCCUGGACGAGAGAAGAGAUCAGACGACUUUUUCGGGAUCUUUUCAGGAACUGUUUGGUCUUGCCGAUUGAGAGCGACCGGCUGAGACGUAAUGAUGAAGAUGAUAAUGUUCGUCCGACUAUGACCUCUAAUCUUUCAGUUGUUGUGGU